UUCAGGCAGUUAUUGAGGUUUCGUGUAUGCCGGUACCAUAAAGCUGCAUUGAAUUUUUACUGCAACCAUGUUUCGAGCCUCUGGGGUUGUGACACUCACGUAAUGCACGCGUAUUCAACCUUUGCGCAGGGACUAGACGGCCGCGACGUGCAUAGCCCUAUCCGCAUGAGCUACAUACGAGAGCGCACAACAUAGCACGCACUGUUCUCUUCCUACUGAUUUAGGACAGUGGCUGGACAAGAGGGUCUGGAAAGAAUUACCGUAGAAGAUGGCGGCGACGUGGUGCUUAAAAUUGGGCAAAAGACAGCAGCCCCUUUUUAAGAAUUCAUUUCAGCUGCUGUUGUUGCAAAGAGGUUUUUCAGAGAAAAACGACAAGAACUGGUUCCGAUCCCUUUUUGUGCACAAAGUUGACCCCAGGAAAGAUGCCCAUUCCAACCUGCUGUCAAAGAAAGAGACUAGCAACUUGUAUAAAAUGCAGUUUCACAAUGUAAAGCCGGAGUGCCUGGAGGCCUAUAAUAGCCUGUCGGCAGAAGUGCAGAACCGUCUUCACUGUGACAAGGACUACCCGUGUGAAGUUGUAGGAAGCUGGAACACUUGGUAUGGAGAGCAAGACCAGGCUGUGCACCUCUGGCGGUACUCAGGUGGCUACCCAGCCUUGACUGAGUGCUUAAACAAGCUGAAGCAGAAUAAGGAGUACCUGGAGUUCCGUAAGGAAAGGAGCAAGAUGCUGAUCUCACGACGGAACCAGCUUCUCCUUGAGUUUAGUUUCUGGAAUGAACCUGCACCCAGAAGUGGACCCAACAUCUAUGAAAUGCGCACCUACAGACUCAAGCCAGGGACAAUGAUUGAAUGGGGUAAUCAUUGGGCACGUGCCAUCAAGCACCGUCAAGAAAACCAGGAAGCAGUUGGUGGAUUCUUCACACAGAUCGGAGAUUUGUAUGUCGUCCACCACUUGUGGGCGUAUAAGGAUCUGCAGUCCAGAGAGGACACACGUAGCGCUGCUUGGCAGAAGCCGGGCUGGGAUUCGGCUGUGUAUUACACUGUGCCAUUGAUCCGAAGCAUGGAGUCCAGAAUCAUGAUCCCCCUGAAGAGCUCGCCUCUGCAGUAACUCAUGGUAACAAAGUUGUCUACUCCACAAGAACAUGCUAGCACAAAGAGAAGGACAGGAAGAACUGCUGGAUGUAUACUAUUUUCAGUUUGCUCUGAGCUGUGAAGGUGACAAAACCCAGAAGUAAUGACCUACCCCCUUUUCAUUAAUAUGGUUGCCAAGGUCACCAACCUCAGAGCUCAAAGGAAGUGCUUAAUCCAUGCCAGUGCAUGCCCUUCUUGAACUCAUUUGUUGGUCCAGAAUGGGCCGCCACUACGUUGAUGUGUAUCCAAGCAUUGCUGUAAUUUAUCUGUGGUUGGGCUGUGUGUGCAAGGUAUUUUGCAGUCAUGCAUUGGUGGGAAUUAAAGACAUCCUAAACCAGGGCUACUCAACUUCUGCCCGGGAGGAUCGCAAUCCAUAUGGUUAAGGCUCAGAUGGGAUGAAAGCCUGCAGGCACCGCAGUUCUACUUGACCAGGGUUGAGUUCCCCUGUUUUAAACCUUCAUCUCAGUGCUUUGCCACUCAAGUGUUCAUCUUGUGCUAGUGUUUGGGCUAAUAGCUAUUGCACCAGUUGGACCAAUAACUACUAACUAGAUAAACCCUUCACUCUUAAACUAUUCAUAGGCUGCUAUGUGUAAAAACCAUUCUGAAUGCUUCCCUGAAGACGUUCAGGGAAAAACAUUCAGAAGAUGUAAAAAACCAACAAUAUUCAUGUAUUUCAAGCACUGGGUAUAGUUAGACACACAGAAGAGUAAAAAAAAUGUUGAAUUGAAAUUGCAAAUCAUCUUAAGAUGAAGUGCUGCAGGAAGACCUAAUGAAGGCAAGAUUCCCUCUCCUGGAGUCAUAAAAGCAUAUUGUCAUUAUGCAUGGACAAUCAACAGGUAAUUAUUUUAUUUUGGACCAAUGUGACUUCACUUCCCCAUUUAGAGUGUUAUCGAUUUGAUGAUACUUUGAUAGAAUAUUCCAGAUUACAUGCAAACCCUGCUGAUAUGAGUGGUAUCAGUUUGGGGUAGAUCUUGCUGCCAACUGAGCAGUUAACAUGCCUGUAUUCAGUAUUCAACUUGACAUUUGAUUUAUAUUGAUUAAUGUAAGAGUUUAGGUGGAGAAAUUUAUUUGGACAGCCUCCACGGCAGAAUUCAAGGAAACAAGUUGAACAACUUUGUAGAUAUCAGCCGUUAAAGUUAUAUGAAUGAAGAAGUCUGCUCUGUUCAACUGAGAUGGUUAAACAAGUUUUUUGUAUUAUUAAAGUGUCAUUUAGGAGACUCCAUUAGCCAGGGAAAUUUAUUAUUUAUGACUUGUACACAAGUACAAAUAUAAAUUAAUAAGGACCUAUAAAAAGUGAUAAUUAGACAGCACUGGGGAAAAAUAAUCAUCAGUUAUGCAACAUAAUGCUACUACAAAAUAGCCUAGCACAAUCAAUGCAAGAUAAAGAUUAGUGCCCCCAUUCUGUCUUGCUGAUGAAGGACUCCUAGGAAUAGGCUCCCUGGGUAUCUGUAUGAUGGGGUGCAUGCAACUGGGGGGCUUAAAAGCGAACUAAUCGACUCACUCCUGAUUGCAGUAAAAAUACUUGAAAGAAGUCAUGUUUGAAACAUCUGUUGCAUCUUUUUCAGCCAGGAGCACCCAGCAGAUAUCCACUUACUGUUAAAUGCAACCAGAAUCAACUUAAUAAGUGGCUGAAGUGCUCAUUUGUAUAGUAUGCAUAAAGUUUUUGAGAAGUAUAUUUGAGUUGGAAUGUAUCAGCAGAAGACCCCAUAUCUGUACCAGCUUUCCAGUUAUCAUUUGUAUCAAAGUAGAGGCUGUUCUUUUAUGAUUAUAUUUAAUAAAAUGGUUUCAUGUUGUCUUAACUACAUUUUGUGAACAUAUCACAUACUGCCAAGGUGAUUAUUGAGCCAUAUGAAUCAUUCCAAUUUAUGAAGAUUUGUGCUUGUUAAUGAUGAUUUAUAUUUGACAAAUUGGGACCAUCCAAGCAUGGAUCUCUGAACUGCUAUAGUAACACUUAACCUGGUCAACAAUGCAUGUGUAUAGCUUUGCAGACAACUGGGAUGGUGGGUAUGCACUCCGCCAAAUUAUGCGUUGGCGGGGUAUACCCCAUACUUAUAUUUUAUUUGCAGUAGCUAUUUGCUUUAUUAUUUACCCAAUGAGAGAGCUGGGACUGAGUAAUAUCAAGCUAUUAGGAAUAUGUAGUGAAUGUUUACAUUAAUGGAUUUAUAAAAUGGCAUUAGAGCCCAUCAGCCUGCAGUUUUGUGGUGCUGUGGAAAAUCUGUGUGCAAUAAGCUCUUCAAUCAGGGAGAACUUGACUGUUAUCAAGUCUAUUCACAUCAUUCGAGAGCUGAUGUCUGUAUUGUAGGCAGACUGUCUUGAGUGUGGAUGUACCCAAUUGUUUUAAUCAACAUGUGUGAUCACUGAGGAAUCAUGGAAUUA